AUGGCAGAUAUCCCAAAAACCUUUGUGAUAAUGGUUAUUCUCGGGUGCGCCGCCGCUAUCUCCUCUGAUGAAGAUUUUUUCGGAAUUUCCACUCAACAGCCAGGUUUUCAUUUUUAUGCAUUACAUUUGCAAAAAAGUUUCAAAAAAGACUUUUCGAAAAAAUUCCAAAAAAGCUCAUUAAUGAAGUUUUCAGAAAAAAUAUCCUAUACUUUUGGAGACAGAGCAGGCUGCAAUGAAGUCUGCGCACACCUAUGCACAACCACGUUUGUUUAUUAUGAGCAUAAAAAUCUCGAAAUGUACAACUGCGUGAAGAUGAAGCCACCAAAAGUAAGAAAAAGUACAGAGGGAAGCCGUAGAAGAAGAUUUGCUCAGGCAUCCGUGAUAAACUCGCUACGCUCCAACAGCUUGUACAUGACGCUGGUGGUGCUCGCGGCAAUGACUUUGGGCGUCAUCGUGCUCAUGAGCAUCGUUUUUCUGUGCAGCAUGGUGUGCAAUCAGAGGGGAAUCAGCAACCGCAACGUGGACCAGAGAUAUUCCAAGUGCGACGCUGCUGAGGGCGAAUUCCGGUAUAUUCAUCAAUUCUAUUCGGAUAAUAUAUCUUUUUGUUUUAAGGGAAUACCUCCAUCAUAAAACUGAAGACGCUGAAAAAAGGACUCCGAAAACUGCAGAGAAAGACCUGAUUCAAGAAGUUUAA